GUUUGGGUGGAUCUAAAUCCAUUUCUACCAUUGGGUCUUCUGGUUCUGGUAUUUCAAAUUUGGGCUUUUUAUUACCUUCAUCAGUAUCUGGGAUUGGUGGUCUUUUAUUAUUAAUGCUAUUUUCGUAGCAUUUGUCACAUCUUAACUUUCCAAUAUUGUAGUUGCUAUAUGUUUCAUAAAAGACUACUGGUUUCUGGCAAGUGCAACAAUGAUUGCCUCCUUUGUAUUAGGCUUCAGUUCUUUGUCUUUUACACUUUUUUCCAUCACACUUAUAUAGGUAUAACCUAUUCCAAUAAUAUAAUUUAUCAUUACAUACUUCUUUACUGUAUCCCCAAGAUCCGCAUCUUGUACAUUUGAUUUUAUUACAAUUAUGUGGAGGGUGGUAAAUUACAGUUGAAUGUUUAAAACAUUCAA